AUGAGCACUGUGGGAUCAGGGCCUGCAUUCAAAUGCAAGGCUGAGAGAGAACCAACCAUGUUUAAAAGAAAUGAUAUAGUUUGGGCGAAAGUUAGAGGUUAUUCUUGGUGGCCUGCGAAGAUUGGGGAAGUAAUCAAGCUCAAUGAUAAAGAACGCAAAUAUAGGGUAGAUUUCAUCGGAGACAACACUCAUUAGAUUCUGCCUUAAGAUAAAAUAGAGGACUUCAUCAAUAAAUUUACAGAACAUUCAAAAAUUAAGAAGAAGGAUUUGUUAGACGCAAUAGAAUAGGCAAGGAAGAAACUAAGCAAGGAUGAUCAACUACUUCUAGAGAAAUAGAUAUAGUAGGAAGAGUAGAUGAAAAAGCAAAUUGAAAAGGGCGGCAUUAAUCUAAAUGAUGAUCAAGAUAGAUCUGAAAAGGCUAAAGAAAAAUGUGCCAAGCCUAAUUCAAACUCUAAGAACCAAUUAGGUUAGGCUUAGGAAUCUAGUAAAUAAGAGAAUGCUAAGGGUACAGCAGUUUCUCACAGUAGCAAUGAUUAGACAGCGACUCCUACAAAGGCGUCAAUAAUGGAUAUGCCAUUUUAAAAUGGAAAACUAGCAUCCAAAAAGAAUAUAGACUAGGAAAAGUCUAACAUCAAGGAUAAGACUCUAAUUCUUAACAAAAGGACUCUCAAAUCAAUUGAAAAAGAUUUCAUCAAGCAGAAAAAGCUAUAGAGAAGUCAAUCGGUUGAUGGGGCAUCUAAGGAGAAUAAUGACGAAGAAGAGAGUUAGAUCAUCUGUACUAAAAGCAGAGGCAUAAAAGGGUUAAAGCGAUAGAGACGCACUCUUGAGAAAAGGGUGCUUAGCGAAGUGUCUAAGGAAGAUAAAGAAGAAAUAUAGUCAGUUAAGUAGAAUGAUAAGGAAGAUAUAGAACAGCAACCCUUAAUAGAUCUGAGAGUCCAAUAGGAGCUAGAGGAGAGUGUGAAGGAAUCACUUUCAAUAAGACGGCAGAAAUCAGAAAGAGAUCAAUCUUAGGAAAAAUCUAAUUUUGAAGAGCGUAAAAGUGAUUUGGAUCAAGAUCGGGAAGAGCCAAUGGUGAUCAAUGAGACUGUGAAGGUUCGCAGAGAAUCCGCAUAGAGAGCUAGAGGCGUUAUUUAAAAAAUAACAAACAAACCCCAUAAAUAACAUGCAUAAAAAGAGACUAAGUCGUUAAAAUUAGAAAAGAGAGAAAAAAAUGCAAAUUAGGAUGAAACUGAGUCAUAAUAAAAUAAACUCAUCUACCUCAGAUACUUCGAGACAUAGUCCCCAGCCUCUAUCGAAAUUGCCAGAGGUCUAGUAGAUGAAAAAGCCUAUGCCUUAAAUUUAGAGAAAAUAAAGAACAUCAUUAAGUACUAGCAAUAGGAGGAAGAGUAAAUGAGGAGAAAGCAUGAUCUUAAUGAGGUUUAGCUUGAUCUACUAAAGAAUAAUAAAGAAAGUCUAAUCAUAAUAUAAUAAUAGAUUCCAAAAUUAAAUUAAUAUCUUAUGCAGUUGCAGAAAGCUGAGAUCAGUAUCGAAAUUUUAAGCGAGACAGGUAUAGGUAAAACUCUCAAGUAUCUUUCUGACUAUUGUGAAACAUAUAGAGAAGAUUUACCUUAACUUCAGUCAACUCAAUCUAACAGUAAACUUAUCCUUUAAAAAUGGAGAAACCAUGUCAAUAAAUGCUUAUUCGAGGAGAAAACUAGUCAUGUUGAGGAGUUUAGUAAGGAAAAAUACAAGCUUAAGGUAUAAAAGAAUUAAAAGAAAAAUACUAAACAUAAAUCUAGCUGCUAACUUGAUGCUUCAGUCAAUGCAAAUGAUGAUAAAAACGAUAGGACAUUUGAAUAACUAGUAAGGCAGAACUCAACUAAAUUUAUGCAAAGUUUACUCAAGUUAACAACUCUAGAGGAGCCAUCAAGAAGUAGAUAGGACUCUGAGAUAUCUAUGAGACUACAAAAGGAUCCAAGUAUGGAUGACAGGCAUUUCUCAAACCCUGAGAGAGUUGAUUCUUCGAUAGACUCAGCUGACCAUGCUAAUCCUAUUCAAAGGCUCAAUCAUAACUGGCCUAAAGUAGGUAGCCCAUACAGAUAGUCUGCAUUUUCUAGACCUCAGCCCCAUCAAUAAAUAUAAACCUUGUCCCCUGUUUGA